AGAAAAGGAGAGGUCCUAUACUCCUAUCCAAAUUCCAAAGUUCACUUCCUCUCCUCUCUUCUUCUCCCUUCUCUCUCUUUCUCCAUUGCCUAACACAGUAACACUCUAGUACUGUUACUUUACUCACUCUCUCUCUCUCGCCACAAAAAAUGUCAACAAAAACAACAACAACAUAAGCAUAGCGGUACAAGACAACCUUAGUUUGCAACAAAAAUGGUGGUCGGAGAGCAGACCAAUGGGUGGCCACCAAUCGGUGCUCCUCUGAACGUCCACAGAGACGAGCAUUGGACCAACUUUGACAGCUCCGUCAACGCCGUCUCCUUCGGCUUCGUCGCCACCGCCAUUCUCAUCUCCAUGUUCCUUGUCAUGGCCAUCUUUGAGCGCUACCUCCGCCCCACCUCGCCGCCACUCUCCCCCUCCGCCACCACCCGCCGACGCAGCCCCUCCGACGUCGAGGCCCAGAUCGGCUUUUCCGGCAAACUCGCUCACGCUUCCCCUAAAAUGAGUGUAUAUGCCAGUGGUGUUUCAGUUCUAAUGCCUGGAGAUGAGAUUCCUACAUUUAUUGCGCAUCCUGCUCCAUGUUAUCCGGAACGAAUUUCUUGGCCUUCUCAUCAGCAUAACAACACAUUACCUUGUUCCUCUUCCAACACCCUCCCUACUACUACUAUCAACCAAGUCUGAGAGGAGAUUUGAACAUAGACAAAAGUUCUGCAUAUUACAUCAAGGGCUGGAUUCAUUUUCUGUGAAGAGUAGGCUGUUUCUUGGGGUUUGCCUUCCAUUCAUUUUUACCUCUGGAGCUCUCUUUACAGUUUAUGACAUGUAAAAUAGGAUUUAGUUUUAGGCAAACUGGGUUUGGCAAUUAGAUAUCCAUUGUCUUUGAAGUAAAUGAAUCAUGAAAAGCUUUCAGGGGGUUUUCCUGUGUAAAUCAAAUUAUCAAUAGAUUGAAUCCCAUCAACUGGGUAAAUCCUCUCUAGCACAUUAAUUUCCAAAGA